CACUGGUUGGUCAUUGCAUCGCGAGCCUCCCUCAGUCAUUCGAGUUUUGGCAUCCCGCGCGCGCCUUCUCCGCUCACCUCUCGAUCUGUCGUCGCCACGUGAGCAUAAGCCUUGCAAGGGAUCCGCAACAUGCUCGAGAUUUAAAAUCCGGCAUCAAUCUCGAUUUCUAUUAAGGUUGACGCGUCAUUCUCUAUCCAGUCCCGGGGGUAAACUCUCCAGCGCCCGCACCAUAUGCGCACACUUGUUGAUUCCCUGUCCCUCGCAGCCUCAUCGCCAAGUCGGGCGUAGGUACGCCUGGAGAGUCGGGUUGGGUUAAAAUGUUCAUGUACACACAGUACUUCUAUUUGAAGUAUUUGUUCGAGAGUUAAAGCGCUUCUUCCGAUUCUUUUCGUUCGCACGGUUGAGACUACCCUCGUUGCAAUGCUGGUCCAGGUGUGGAUUAUCUGUGUCGGUGUUGGUGCGGUUUUCCAUGGAGUCGAUUGCUCGUUUCAAAAGCGGGGUAUCAAAAUGGACCAUCUGCAAAUUUUAGAUGGACUCUUAAAAAAAGAUUAUGAUAGAAGAGCGACGCCGACAAACCAUCUAAGACUACGAGGUGGAUCUGUACCUACGACAAAAGUGGCAAGACGAGCGUCUCAAACACUCAGCCAUUACCGAGUCUCUGGACCUGAACGAUCCGAACUUAGUGAAAGCCAUCUGGAAACCCGAGGUCUACUUUCCGAAUGCUAAACAUGCCGAGUUCCAGUUCGUCACCGUUCCCAACGUUCUUGUCCGGAUAAAUCCCGACGGGGAAAUCUUGUACAUGUUGAGGCUGAAGUUGACAUUCUCCUGCAUGAUGGACCUAUCGAAAUUCCCUCUAGACAGCCAAGUCUGCACGAUGGAGGUUGCCAGCUUUUCGAAGACAACGGAAGAAUUGAAGUUGGAGUGGAAGUCAGUAAAUCCGAUUAUCAUGGGCCGGGGGUUGAAAAUGCCCCAAUUCGAGAUCGUCGAAAUCCAAGCCACAGAUUGCCAAGAAUCCUUCCAAAUCGGAAAUUACAGUUGUCUGGUGGCGGAAUUUUAUCUUAGCCGCUCGGUUGGGUUCCAUCUUGUGCAGUCGUACUUGCCGACCAUACUUAUCGUAGUCAUAUCGUGGGUCUCUUUCUGGAUGGAUGUUGACUCUGUGCCGGGCAGAACCACUCUAGGUGUCACCACACUCCUCGCGGUAUCCAGCCAGUCAUCAGGUAUUCAAAGUGGAUUGCCGCAAGUGAGUUACGUCAAAGCUAUAGACGUUUGGAUGGGCACUUGCACCGCGUUCGUAUUUUGCGCUCUACUAGAAUUCACCUUCGUCAAUUACAUGUGGCGGAAAUAUCAACCUGAGCCAAUGAGGAGACUCAUUGCUAUUCCAGAACCGGUCAACGGAGAAGCGAACACGAAAGGCUCCAACGAUGAAAACGUUAACAUGGUUACGGUGAAAAAGAUGAUCAUCCAAGAGGAGCCAGUAGACCAAUAUUGCCGCCCUAAAGUGAACCAAGCCAUGGUUGCAAGGACGAUCGACGAGUAUUCUAGAUUUGUAUUUCCUGUAGCUUUUUUAAUCUUCAAUAUUUUUUACUGGUCUUACUACCUUGUAUGACAUUAGGAGAAUUUAUUUGGUGUACUUACCAAUCAUGUGCUACCAAAUAUAUCAUUUUAAUACAUAUGCUCUCUUCAACAGUUAGGGCCGGUUCUUACCACCUCUGGUUUUUAUUUCUUGUCAAAGGAAAACUUCAAACACUGUUUCAGGGGGUUUUGGGGCUUUUACGAUACAUUUUACGGUCCAGAUGACAAUUUGGACUCUGAUG